AUGGUUGUCACGGCCAAUUGCGACGCUAUGAACGGUUCUGCACGGGCUCGUUCCUCGCUUGACAGAAUUGGAGGCCCCUCCCCUCACUACAUCUCGCAGCUGUCAUGCGUCGUCACCACUGCGCAUCGGCUACGUGCCCGAACACUCUCCGCCCCCUUGCACUUCGCCCAGCAGCACUAUGGCCUCGAGGCUACGCUGGUGCCCUUCACCUCCGGCACAGGCCACAUGAUCACAGCUAUUCGCGGCGAUGAGAUUGACAUUGGCAUCGGCCUCACUGAAGGCUGGAUCGCGGGUCUCGGGAAGGAGGGCGUCGAGGGCGACGGCGGAUACCGUCUCGUUGGCACCUACGUCGAUACACCUCUCUGCUGGGCCAUCUCGACAGGUUCCUCCCGCCCCGAAAUCGCCUCCGUCUCCUCCCUCCGAAGCAAGCGCAUCGGCGUCUCCCGCAUCGGCUCGGGCAGCCAAAUCAUGGGCUUCGUCCUCGCCGACAGCAGGGCUGGCUCGGAUCACGCUGUCAACAAGGGCGACGCCGAUUACUUCAUGUGGGAGCACUUCACAUCCAAGAAGUACUACGACUCGGGCGAGAUUCGCAGGGUGGGAGAGAUCUACACCCCGUGGAGCAGCUGGAAGAUUGUGGCGUCAACAGCGCUGGCUGCUGAGGGCGCCUUGGACCCGAGGGUGAAGGAUCUGUUCGGAAAGCUCGACAAGGGAAUUGUGCAUUUCAACGAGAACCAGGAGGAGGCUGUGCGGUGGAUCAGCACGAACCUGGACUACUCCGAGGCUGACGCGAGGGAGUGGCUCAAGACAGUCAAGUUUACGGCGGGUGUUGAGGGCGUCAAGCCCGAGGUGGUGAACAACUGCGUGGACAUUUUGAGGAAGGCGGGUGUCUUGGCCGAGGGCAAGGGAAGGCAGCCUGAGCAGAUGGUCAUCAGGGAGGUAUCAUGA